CUCUGUUAGUUCAGUCACAUGUGUGGAUUACUGGAGCACACGCCCAUGUGCCCCCCCUCGAAGCACCCAAAUAAUUGGAUGUUGCUUAGCGGUGACUGCUCCUGGCUUUUGAUGUUCAGGGCCCAGCCAAUACCACCUCAUUAGCUAAUUACCCAGGGGGAAGAUGGUGCUUUUGUACAGAGAGAUCCAAGCUUGGGCUGCCCCACAGUGAUGAUGAUAAGACGACGAAUGGUCUGUUCUAUAGCAGCCAUAUACAAUGGGCCAAAAAUCUGCAGUCUAUGCUUGUGAUGUGUAAUUGCUGAAGUGUCCAUGUGUAGCUAUUGUUUGUUGUUUUCAGAGAGCUUUACGUAUUAGCUAAGUGAUAGAGGCGUGUUCGUUAGCGUUACAGAUGGUUUUUCCACUGAAACCGAAAACGGCUUAUGCUUCGGGGCUUGUUCUUUUGAAGCUGAGUGCUGAAACUCUGCCCCAUCAAAUAUUCAUCACACAGAACUAUUACGCACACGGUUCAUCUAGUGUGUUAAGCCUACAUGUUCUGAUAUGAUACGACGGCUGUUUCUGCACAUAUCUCUAUUACCCCAACUUGCCCUUUCUGUCUGUCUCUUGGCUUAGAGCUGUAUCCCCUAAAACAUAUAAUAUAUGCUUUCUGUGGCAGUCGGCAGGAAAAUGACCGUCAUGGACUAAAUCAAAGUUAAAGAUCUCAGAGUGGGCCCACCUGUCGUCCUGACCUCAUACAGUGAGGUGGGCUAAGAUGAGUAUAACCAGCGAUGAAGUCAACUUCUUGGUUUAUCGGUAUCUCCAGGAAUCAGGUUUCUCACACUCUGCGUUCACCUUUGGCAUUGAAAGCCACAUUAGCCAGUCCAACAUCAACGGAACGCUAGUGCCCCCUGCUGCCCUUAUAUCCAUCCUGCAGAAGGGCCUUCAGUACGUGGAGGCAGAGAUUAGCAUCAACGAGGAUGGCACCGUCUUUGACGGCCGCCCCAUCGAGUCGCUGUCACUCAUCGACGCUGUCAUGCCCGACGUGGUGCAGUCACGCCAGCAGGCCUUUCGGGAGAAGCUAGCCCAGCAGCAGGCCUUUCGGGAGAAGCUAGCCCAGCAGCAAUCUGCCAGCACCGUGGCCAUGCCCGCCAUAAGCGCCAACCAGCCGUGCGUGCCGAAGAACGGCGAGGCCGCACUUAAUGGGGACGAGAACGGAGGACACUUUCUGAACAACCAUGCCGAGCCCAUGGAGAUCGACGGUGAGGUGGAGAUCCCCGCCAGUAAGGCCACGGUACUGCGGGGGCACGAGUCCGAGGUCUUCAUCUGUGCCUGGAACCCCGUCAGCGACCACCUGGCCUCUGGAUCUGGUGACUCCACAGCACGGAUAUGGAACCUGAGCGAGAGCAGCUGUGGAGGCUCCACCCAGCUGGUGCUCAGACACUGCAUCAGAGAGGGCGGCCAGGAUGUCCCCAGCAACAAGGACGUCACCUCCCUGGACUGGAACAGUGAUGGCACGCUACUGGCCACUGGCUCUUACGACGGCUUUGCCAGGAUAUGGACGAAAGAUGGUAAUCUGGCCAGUACUUUGGGACAACACAAAGGCCCUAUAUUUGCACUGAAGUGGAACAAGAAAGGAAACAGCAUUCUGAGUGCCGGUGUGGACAAGACCACCAUUAUCUGGGACGCCCACACCGGUGAGGCCAAGCAGCAGUUCCCCUUCCACUCAGCUCCCGCCCUCGACGUGGACUGGCAGAACAACACCACCUUCGCCUCCUGCAGCACCGAUAUGUGCAUCCAUGUGUGUCGGCUAGGCAGCGAUCGGCCGCUCAAGACCUUCCAGGGACAUUCAAAUGAAGUCAACGCCAUCAAGUGGGACCCAUCCGGCAUGCUGCUUGCCUCCUGCUCCGAUGACAUGACUCUGAAGAUCUGGAACAUGAAGCAUGAUUUGUGUGUACACGACCUACAAGCACACAGUAAAGAAAUCUACACCAUUAAAUGGAGUCCCACGGGCCCUGGGACCAGCAAUCCAAACUCUAACAUCAUGCUCGCCAGUGCCUCUUUUGACUCCACGGUGCGUCUGUGGGAUGUGGAGCGUGGCGUCUGCAUCCACACCCUCACCAAGCACCAGGAGCCGGUCUACAGCGUGGCGUUUAGCCCUGACGGCCAGUUCCUGGCCAGUGGCUCUUUUGACAAGUGUGUCCACAUUUGGAACACCGCGAGCGGAGCUUUGGUUCAUAGCUACCGGGGCACUGGUGGCAUCUUCGAGGUUUGCUGGAACAGCACAGGGGACAAAGUUGGAGCCAGUGCCUCUGAUGGAUCUGUGUGUGUCCUCGACCUUCGGAAAUAGCUUUCUGGCUGCAGAAGAUGCGACUUGGAAUUUGCGGCAAGACACUGUCUGACAUCCCGUCAUGGCAUCUUGACAUCAGAAGUCUUUGCUGUUGCAAAUGUGCAGGGACUCUGGCAACCCACCCCAUCCCCCACCCCCCAAAAAAAAAAUCGAAGCCGACUACAGCCCUCCCCCACAGGGCAGAAGUUUCAGAACAGCAAGGAUGUGCCAAUGUAAAUCAAAAUUGUGAAAACCAAAAUUAACAUUAAAGAAGCCACCCUUCGAAGAUGUGGGCACUUGUUAGAUCUGAAACCACGAUCUUAGAUAGAGUGACUGUUUGACUACAAGGAACCACUUGGGUCAUUCACAGUGUCAGUAUGGCCACUGUGAGGCAGUCUGUCACCCAUAAGGGUGGAUGUGGUCAGAAUCUGGCCGAAGGGAACUGAAGAGGGGGGAUUUCUCUCUCUGACCUGGCAGCUGAUCCUGUCGUCUUCUGAGGGGUGGUCUGACAUCAGCUUGUGGACAAGAAGCUUUGUACAGCAAAAAGCUGCCGAGCAGAAGAAGAGGCCAGCGUGUGUGUAUAUGUGAGAGGGCUUUAACAAAUGUCUAGUUUUUUGUAUUUGCAACUUCUGAGAGCAAAUGAUUGAAGAUGGACUGGUGACGUUUCCUACACAAUUGUGGCAUCUUCUGUGACUGUGAUGGCACCGCUAAACAUCUCCUUUAUGGAGAAGGGGUCUAGUCCCAAGCGUAGAUCUCAAUAGAGUUUUAAGCUGAACUUCGGAAGUCACAAGGUUCCUUCAUUGGAGUCUUAUGUCAAAGUCAAUGUAAAAAAAAAGAAUAAAUAAAACGGCCAGGAUUUUUAUUUCUAAUUUUAAAAUCUCCCCGCCCCAUUCAUAUGAAUGACAAACUUCAUACCAAAAUCAGUACUUACCCUGGUUAAUAUUUCUGUUUUUUUCUCCUGGGAUGUAAAAUUGAUGAAUGUACAGGUUUGUAAAUCAGAUACCUGUUUAUAUACUGUGUAUAUGUGUUUAUAUGCAGUAUGAGUAAUAGCUGUCCUUUGAAGGCACUAUACACUUUAGGGUUUUUUUUUCUUUGUUUUUUGUCCUCUCGCAAGAAAUGACUAAAACAGCCUUUCCUCUCCCAAAAUUUAUUUUGAGAUCCCUGAUUUAAUUCAUUGUCAUUGGUCAUCAGCUUUGUGUGGCAAGGAGGCAGAGCUCAGAGACCUCAGCUGGGUGACGGUUGAAAUUUACUGGCAGAGAUUAAUAGGAGAAUAUGUGAUGUUAAGCUGCUUAAGGACCCUACUGCCAGAAAAAAUGAGAUGGUGACAUCUUUGAGAGAGGGGUCCUGUUGUGCUCUGUGGUUUCACACGCGAUGUUCAGUGUGUUGGCCUCUGUCUGUGUGCUAUUGCCAACUAGCUAAUCAAAGAUCCAUGACCUAGUGAAUAUAUUAUAAAUAUUGUGCACCCAUGGUUCCCAUAAGAGGCACAUGGUAUUUUUUAUUUUUUUUUGAAAAUGCUUGAAGGCAUAACCACUUCUGCAGUGUUCUCCUUUAGCAGCAGAUGGCUAAGGGAAAACCUACUAGCUAUAUGCUCUUGACUGAUUUUAAGCCAACUGCAGCCAGUCAUGAGGAAGGCCCAGGUUAGCUUGUGACGUGCUGUGAUUGGUUAACUGGACAUCUUCCCGUUUCCUCUUUCAGCUGUUGAUUGAUUUGUGUUGCUUUGACGCCUAGUUGUGUCAUUUGCUUUGUGCCGCUUCAUAUUGUGGGUGGAUUUUUUUGUUCUGUACGCCGUCUACUCACUGAGCUGUAACGCAAACAGCAGAAACUGCAGAAUUAAACACUUAGAGCAGGACCUUUAUCGGCUAGACUUAUGACCCAUUUUUUUUUUUUGUACCAAACCUUUUUUUUUUUUUUUUUUGAGAGAUGUGAAGUGCACUUUGGUCUGUCAUGAGGUCCGCUUUUUUUUUUUUUUUUCUUUGUCUUCGUCAUGCUGGCUGGUCAAAGGUUUGCCUUGUCUGGCUAAUUCAUCCUUCACUGACAGCUGUCUGGCUUCUGCUGUAAGAAGCCGCAGGGGUUCGGAUCUGGGAGACCAGGGCCACUGGGGUGCGCGGUGCUGGCUUCCUAUCUCGCCUUAACAUACGGGGUUAGGUCAUUGGUUUCCGGGACAAAACCAUUUAAGUCAUGCUCCAUGUCUUGAAUAAAUCGCUCUAUUUUGAUAUUAGAAAA